AUGGAGGCACCAACAGAUAAAGAGGAAGACUAUAUAAAAUUAGUGAAAUCCUCAAAUAAUGUUGAAUUUAAGACAAAUGAGGAAAUAGACAUGUUAGAGAUUUGUAUGGAGAAAUCUAUCAACUUAAAAAUGUUUCAACAUUUUGUAAAUAUAAAAGAGUUGUACUUGAUAAAAAACAACAUCACUGAUAUAACACCAUUAUUUGAAUGCAAACAUUUGAAGGUUUUAUUUUUACAAAUAAAUAAAAUAAAGAGUAUUCUAGGAUUAGGCAGAUUAAAAAAACUUGAAAAACUAAACUUAUUUUGCAAUGAAUUGACUGAGGAUUUCAUCAAAUUAGAGGAAAACAAAAAUUUACAUUACAUCGAUUUGAGUGAUAAUGAAAUAGAAAAUGUAGAUUUCUUUUCAACUACCUCUUCAUUUACAUCCAUAAAUUUAGCCAAUAAUCGGAUUAGGAACUUAGAUCCACUGAGGAAUAACUCCAACUUAGAAUACUUAAAUGUCAGUGGGAACAGACUCGAACAUUUUGAAGACAUCCAAGUUCUUAACCAUCUACAAAAUGUUAAGGAGCUAUACCUGAGUUCAAUCUACUACAGAAGUAAUAUACUUAAAGAUGGCUUGUUGUAUAAACACUACUUUUUUACUAAUUUUCCAAAUUUGCAAAUUUUAGACCAUCAAACGGUCAGCAACAAAGAGAGAAAUCUAGCUGUCCGUGAUAUGGAAAUACUGAAAAGCAUCGUCGAUUUCAAAAUAAAUUUGAUUGAAGAAAAGUACAAGAAAGAAAAGCAUUAUAUUUUAUUUAUUAAUAACAAGAACAUUUCUUACCUAAGGGAGGUCUUGUGGCCCAUUCAUUUUUACUACAAUAUGGAAGAAUUCCCUAGGAAAAACAACAUGGAAAGGGAACAUGAUCGAAUAUGUGAAAUAAAACAGGAGAUAUCUUUUUUACUUAGUGCAUAUAUUUCUAGAUUUAAUUACAUAAUGAAAAGGCUGAAAGAAGAACGGAACCUGCAAAUCAAAUACAUAACGACAUCGAUGAAUUCCUAUUUCAACAUUUUUUUUCAAGUUCUAACUAAGCAAGAGAUGGAGUAUGCAAAAGUUGAACAGUUUCUGAAAGGAAAUUUCAACUCAGAGUCCCUAAAGAGUUAUUUUGUAGAAGACAUAAAAAUUGAAAACAUCAUAAAAGUAAAAAAAUUGAAUAAUGUUUACCUGAACACGUUAAUAGAAAAUCACCUGAACAGUGUAAUAUAUAAAAAGAAUUUACUCCUUUUGCACCCGUACAAUUACUGUAAAAUUAACGAGUUCUUUGAGUUUGAUGAAAAGGAAGCUGAAGUGGAAGACCCUGAGAGGAAGAAGUUCUUUGAGAAAAAUUUCGUAUGCUCAUGUUGUAGCUUAAAUCAUGUGUUGAAGACUGUUAUAAGAACAUUUCUAAAUGAGGACGAAAAAGACGGACUAGUACACCCAAUUUACUACAAAAGUAGAGGAUAUGGAACUCCAACAAAUAAAGCAGGUGACGAAAGUUGCUCACCGUGGGCAAGUGACAUGAAUAUGAAAAAGAAAAUCGUGAGAAACAAGAAAUUUGAUUUCCCUCCAUUCAUCAUAUACAUCGUGGAGAAUUACUUUUUCCCGAAUGAAUAUCAUGAAGUGACAGCAUACAGUUCCCAAAAUUGUAAAGAGAACAAGCAAAAUGAUGAAACGAAAUUUAAAAUUUAUUACACUCUACCAAGACAUACGAACUUGAAAUACAUAGUUAAUAUAAAUUUGAUAAAUAAUAAUACAAAAAGACCUGAUGAGGGGAGAGAAAUAAGCAGGGUAAAUUCUUUUACUAAGGGAAAUGAUCAUGAAAAAAAUAUAAAAAAAAAAAAAAAAAAAAAAAAUUUCUUAAAUUAUGUAAAAAUAGACGAUGAAUCUCCUUUAACAAAAUUUUCAAGCUUAAGUAAAAAAAUUAAAGAAGAUUUUUAUGACUAUCUGUUAACAUUUAAUUCCGUUAACUUUUUUCAUAUUACGAAAUAUUUUAUCAAGUUAAGUAAAGUCAUUUGUGAAAUUAAAAAAUGUGUGUGUAUCCUUUUAUCGAAAAAUAAAUUAAAAUGUCUCCUUGACAUGAGUAGCAAAAAUUUUCACGAAAAGAUGGAAAUCAGUUUGCCUGAACAUGUUCAUGUUUUAAAGAAUAAAAAAAUCAAUGUUUCUCUCCUCAUCCAUCAGUCAUCUGAUAGGGAAAGUGAUAAUACCACUGUGUCCACACUGUCUGAGAGGUGUCUCCAGGAAUAUAAUACAACGGGGACCUUAUACUUAAACAGUUUGUAUAUAUGCAAAAUUGAUUUACACAUUAUAGAGGACCAUUUUAAAAAUAUAAAGAAAUUAUGUCUUGUAAAUAAUAACAUAAGUGAUUUGAAUGUACUUUUUCAAUUUUCUGAAGAGGAGAUGAAUAUUCCUUCUUUAGUGCACCUCGACCUUUCAUUUAAUUGUAUCACCAGUUUGAUUCCUAUAUGUAACAAAUUCAGAAAUUUAACACAUUUAGAUGUAUCCUUUAAUUAUAUUUUUGAUUACAUGGAAAUUAUGGUGUUCAGUAAAAAUCACAAGAAGAUUGAAUUCUUAUCUAUCAUUAGUAAUCCUAUGUAUAUGAAGCCUGCACAUUAUUCAAAUAUACAUCUUCUCUUCCCUCGUAUCGAAUGUUUCAAUGGUGUACACCUAACCUCGAGGCCAGAGUUCGAUUUGGAUUCUCAUUCUUUUGUGCCGUGCCACGGGGAAAUUUUUCUUUAUCAAGACGACUUAGAGAAAAAGCCAGAGAUAAUCUUUAAAGAACCAAUUUUGGAUAAGCAGGAUUUGAGUCAAGUAAAAAUAAUAAACUUGUCAGACCUGUACACACCCAUGGUCAUUAUUUGUGAUUUUUCAAAAUUGUCAAAUUUGGAAAUUUUAAAUUUGUCAAACAAUGGAAUAGACAAUUUAGAGAAGCUGAAAUUGCCAACAAGUUUAAAAAUCUUAAAUUUAAAAAAUAACAAAAUUCAAAACAUAAAUUUUUUAAGAAAUAAUUUAAACAUAGAGAAGAUAAUUCUAGAUAAUAACAAAUUAGUUAAUAUAGAAAAAAUAAGUUCAUUAAAAAAAUUAAAAGUAUUAAGAUGCGCAUACAACAAAUUGUUGAAUAUUCCAUUAAUACAAAAUACCCAGUUGGUAGAAUUAAAUAUACAUGACAAUAUGAUAAAGGAUAUUACUCAUUUGGUUCUUAUGAAAUAUAAAAAGUCUUUAACAUCGAUAAAUAUAUAUAAUAAUAAAAUAAACUUUCCCAAUCUGGACAUAUAUUUAAUUCAUACAUUUUGCAAUUUAUUAAUUUUAAAUAAUAAUUAUGUUGAAAGAAAUGAAAAUAUAGAUAAAUUUUUUAAAAAUAUUUACACCAUCAAUGUCUUUUUUGACAUAUAUAAUAUAUAUCCACCCUACACUGCUCUGCAACACCUUGAAAUAAAAAAUAUGAAAAUCAAAAGUAUCAUGUUUACCAUUAACAAUGACAAUUUCGCCAAUCUCCAUCACUUGGAUAUUUCUAACAAUUUAAUAAGUACCAUUGCUAACAUAGGUCCUCUGGACAAUCUCAAGGUCCUGAUAAUGAACAACAACAAACAUAUCAGUGACGAGUCCUUCACAGGGAAAGAUGAAACCAGUGUCUUAAAUUCGUUUAAAUGUUUGGAGGAAUUAGACAUAAGCUAUUGCAUGGUAGCUAGGACGAAUUUCCUAAACAAGUGCACAAAUCUGAAAAACCUGAAGAAACUGAACCUAGAAGGAAAUAACAUAAAUUCAGUGAAACAUUUGUCCCAUUUGGAAAUCCUAAAAGAUUUAAAUCUUUCUAACAACAAAAUAUCGAAAAUGAGUCCAGACACCUUUCCCGUUUUGCUUCAGAGUUUGAACUUAUCCAACAAUCUUAUCAGGAACUUGAGUCCACUUUCCACGCUGAAGAAUUUAGAAACCCUAGAUCUUCGAGUUAACCGCAUAGAUAAUAUCGAAGAAUUCAAAUUUUUAAAAGACAUGAAUAACUUAAAAACACUAUACUUAAAUGGAAACAGAAAAAUAAAAGAAUCUUUUCCAAAUAUAAGAAAUAUCCUAAGGCAAGUAGACACUUUUGACAUGAAAAUUAUGAAAGAUCAUGAUGAAAUGGUACAACAUGUAGUAGAGAAAAAAGAAUGCACUCGGGGUACCCGGGAGGUUAAUAACAAGGAAUUUUGCGUGGAAAGCAUCAAAGAGAUUCAUAAAGAAGUUACAAGAAAAGGAGUGCCAAUUCAUGUACAGACCAAAGUGCACCGAACCCCCAUGAAGAAAGAUUCCUUUGACGAGCGAAUUAAGAAUGAUAGUUUUAUCAUAAUAGGACGAAAGAUUGACAAAAGCGGGGAUUACUAA